UUGUGAUUGGUCCCUCCCUUACCAACCUCCUCCCUGCCUUCCCACUUUGGGAGCUCGUGGUAGUCCUCAUACCUCAUCAGGAUCGUGGACUCCCUCGCACCCGUGCCCGCCAUGGGGUCUUGAGAGCGGGUUGGGGAGCUUGAUGAUGAUGAUGAUGACGAUGACGAUGAUGACGAUGCUCCAGACCUCCACGCCUUUCUCCGUCAAAGACAUCCUAAAAGCUGGACAACAGUACCCCCCCGUCGCCACGGUCCACUACCGCAGGCCCCCGCCACCCUCCUGCAUGCUGUCCCGGGACAGCCCCCCGGCGCCUCCGGCCCCGCCGCCGCCCUUCUCGGACCCCGGGCGCUCGGUGUUCCUCGGAGCACUGGAGGAGGACGAGGACGAGGAAGAAGACGGCGCGGUGGGUAGCGGACUGACACCGGACGGGUACCCGCACCGGGGGGCCCCACGGGGUCCCGAGGGGGAGGCCCCCGAUGGCAUGGAUGAGCCGGAGAGCAAACUUGGCGGUCCGUCGUCCCGGGACGACGGCUCCUCCUCGGAGGGCGCCCGGCCGACGAGUCAGCCGAAGCCGCGCAGCCGUCGCCGGCCCCGGGUGCUCUUCUCGCAGGCUCAGGUGCUGGAGCUGGAGCGUCGCUUCAAGCAGCAGCGCUACCUGUCGGCGCCCGAGCGCGAGCACCUGGCGUCGGCUCUCAGGCUCACCUCCAACCAGGUCAAGAUCUGGUUCCAGAACCGUCGCUACAAAUGCAAACGUCAGCGGCAGGACAGGACCCUGGAGGCGGCCGGCCAGCACCACCAAGCUCCGCUUCCGCCGCUGAGGCGCGUGGCCGUGCCGGUGCUGGUCCGCGACGGGAAGCCGUGCCUCGGCGGCGGGGGAGGGGGCUCGACUCCCGGCUACCCGAGCGCCGCGGCGCCGUACGGUUACGCGGCGGGGAGCUACCCGGCCUACGUGUACGGGGGCCCGGCGUACCAGAGCAACUCCAGCUGCGCGUACGGUGGCCUGCCCGGAGCCGUGGCCGGGGCCGGGGCCGGGGCCGGGCCCGGGUCCGCCUCGGCCUGCCCCAGCGCCUUCGUCAACUUGGGCGGCCUGCAGGGGCCCUCGGCGCCGGCCCACAACCACCAGGGAGGCGCGCCGUGCCAGGGCAUCCGGGCCUGGUAGAAAAGAGAACCUCGUUAAUGAGCUCAUUAAAAAUAGGACUGAUGACGUCAUGGUGUGGGAGAGGACUCGUGAUGCUUUUUGAAAGUUUUGAAACACUUCUUUUUGUUGUUGCUUUGGGUUGCGGAGACUUUCACAAUGAUUCCAAUAAAGAAGAAAAUACAACAAAAUGGCGCAUGGUUUAGUUAUUGGACUUGACUUUUAUAUAUAUAUAUAUAUAUAUUUUUUUUUUUUUUCUUUAAGUCAAAAUAAAUGAUACACCACCAUGGUUUUUAGUAGACCUGCUAUUUUUUGUGUGUAUUUUGCUUUCGGUUAAACUUUAAAUUACAUUUUUUUUCUUAUUAGUAAAUUUGGUGUUUUCUUUUUUUUUUUUUUUUAAAUAAAAUGUGUUAUUUUUUGUUUUUAGCUGAUUUACUAUUUAUUUAUUUUUUUAGAUGUCUUCUCUUUUUUGGGUGUAUUUGUUGUAGUUUCUUAGCUGAUUUUUUGUUUUCCUUUUCUGGUAUAUUUGUGUUGUUUUAAUUUUUCGGGCAGAUUUCUUUUAUUGUUUAUAUAUUUUUUUGUUUUCAUUUUAGUUGAUUUCUUGCUGGUCUUUUUCAGCAGAGUUGUUAUCUUUUUUGAUGUUUUUCUUUUGGUUUUCCUUUUUAGAAGAUUAGCUGUUGUACCCUUUGUCCCGGUACUAGUGUGAGUUUAAAAAAAAAAUAAAUGUUCCAAACCAG